UCCAGGGUGGCGAUGGCUCGGUGGUGGGUUUGCGGACUCCUCUCGCUCCUGGCGGUGGCCGCCGCCGCCGCCGCUGCGGAGUGGAAUGCGGAGCCGCUGAUUCGGCUGCCGACGCAGAAGGGGCGUGACGCGACUGCAGCUCCUGCCCCUGCCCCGGCGGCGGCGGAGGAGGAAGAAGGGGUCACGAGGUGGGCCGUGCUCGUUGCGGGCUCCAGAGGCUACGGGAACUACCGUCACCAGGCCGAUGUGUGCCAUGCCUACCAGAUUCUGAAGAGAGGAGGGGUAAAGGAGGAGAACAUUGUGGUGUUUAUGUACGACGACAUCGCCGAAAACCAUCUCAACCCAAGACCUGGGAUGAUCAUCAACAAUCCUAAAGGGAAAGAUGUUUACGCUGGUGUUCCAAAGGACUACACUGGUGACCAGGUCACUACUAAAAACUUCUUUGCAGUUCUCAUGGGCAACAAAACUGCAGUUACUGGAGGGAGUAGGAAGGUGAUAAACAGCAAACCGCAGGAUCACAUCUUCAUCUAUUACUCGGAUCAUGGGGGUCCCGGUGUUCUUGGUAUGCCCAACAUGCCGUACCUUUAUGCUGGCGACUUGAUCAAGGUGUUACGAGAAAAGCAUGCUUCUAAGAGUUAUUCAAAAAUGGUUAUAUAUGUUGAAGCGUGUGAAAGUGGCAGUAUAUUUGAGGGUCUAAUGCCAGAAGAUCUUAAUAUUUAUGUUACAACAGCAGCUAAUGCAAAUGAAGAUAGUUAUGGAACAUACUGCCCUGGGACGGAAACACCACCUCCUCCUGAAUACAGUACCUGUUUAGGUGACGUCUACAGUGUUUCUUGGAUGGAAGAUAGUGAAACUCACAAUCUAAAGAAGGAAACAAUCAAGGAUCAGUACGAGGUGGUUAAAAUUAGAACUUCAGGCUCAGAUAGGGUCAAUAGGGGUUCUCAUGUCAUGGAGUAUGGUGACAAGACAUUCAGGGAUGAGAAGCUUUUCCUUUAUCAAGGUUUUGAUCCUGCAAAUGCCAACAUCAACAACAGGCUGCUUUUGCCUGGCCUGGAGGGUGCAAUCAAUCAGAGAGAUGCCGAUGUUCUUUUCAUGUGGAAGAGGUAUGAGCAGUUAAGUGAAGGAUCAGAAGAGAAGCUGAGGGCUCUCAGGGAAAUCAAAGAAACUGUGCUACACAGGAAGCAUCUCGACAGCAGCAUCGAUUUCAUCGGGAAGCUUCUCUUUGGAUUUGUAAAUGGGCCUUCAAUGCUUGAGGCUCCUAGAAGCUCUGGCCAACCAUUGGUUAACGACUGGGAUUGUUUGAAGAGGAUGGUGCGAGUCUUCGAAUCCCACUGUGGAUCGCUCACUCAGUAUGGCAUGAAACAUAUGAGGGCGUUCGCAAACAUAUGCAACAACGGCAUCUCCGAGGCUGGGAUGAAGGAAGCAAGCAUCAGCGCCUGUGGCGGUUACAACUCGGCGAAGUGGAGCCCACUAGCUCUGGGUCACAGCGCCUGACCCGCGCCGCAGUACAUGGGAGCAACAUUAGAUGCUCCAGAGGUUUCCUAGACCUCAUAUGUGUACAUACAUGCCAUUGAUACAAG